CAUCACGUUAUAUUUGCCAAUAUAGUUGAGAUAUUUUGAUAAUCUGAUUGAUUUCGAUUUUUUCAUUUAUUUCUAAACGUGCAGUUUGGUUGGACAGAUUAUAUCUUACUAAAAACAGGUAUUGGCAGAUAUUCAUUAAAGAAAGAAGUUGCAAUUAGAAGAUAUAAGCGACUGUACGAAGGUUAAGUUGCAAAGGAUUGCAAGUUGAAAUAUCCAAAAAUGUAUCUAAUGUAUUAUUUGGACAACAAAGGAAACCGAGUGUACACUUUACAGAAAGUGGACCCUAACGGAAAGCCUACGAUGUCCGCACAUCCAGCUCGAUUUUCUGUAGAAGACAAAUAUUCAAGAGAAAGAAUUACAAUGAAAAGAAGAUUUGGCCUACUGUUGACGCAACAACCACAACCUAGCUAUUAAUAUUAAAUAUAUAAUUAAUUUUAUUUGAAAAUAUAAUAUACGAAUGAAAGAAAGUGUUAUGAUGUGACCUGAUACAACCAAGUAUGAUAAUUUAUAUCUCAGUAAAAGAGUGGUUCAACUUUUACACCCACAACUUCCUUUAAUGAUAAUGAGGAAAAAUCUCUGUACUCAAGAUUAUUAUUCUACAUCAUGGAAUUGCAUCCAUUGUUGCAACUUCAUAACAAUCUUAAUAAAAAGUUAUAUUUCUACUGAAAACUUUUCAAUGUAAUAACUUAGAUAUCAAUUAUUUUGUAUAUUGUUCUGUUCCGUUGAUAAUAAAUAAAUAAUUUCUGACGUAUCAAA